AUGUUUGAAUUUCUCGGAGAUCAGGACACUCCUCGUACUUCACGAUCCAAUAUAGAUGACGCCGAUGAAAUUGAGGAAAUUGCUGAUAUCAGGGAUACUAAUGAAAACACAACUUUGGAUACAGAAGUAACUCUAGAAAAUACAGCACAAAACUCUGUAUCUCAUGAAAAGCAGCAGGAGCCAGCCGAGAAACAACCAAUGAUAUCAAGACCCGGUAAAAAAACAACAAGCCAGAUAAAUUAG